GGAGCACUCCGUGCAAGCUGUCUCCCUCCUCCACACAUCACACUGAAGCAUCACUGGCCGUGUGUAGGUGUGUGCAAGUGCGUAUGCUUGUGUGUUACAGCAAGACUAAAUGUGUGUGUGCAUGUGGCUAUAACCUUCCAGUGCUGUCCAUCUAGAUGUUCAGGAUGUGUAGCAGGUGGUCUUUGCUCUGAACGGACCCCCUCUUUCACACAGAACCCCCUGCCCACUCUGGAACUCCCACUGCAAGACUCCUGGUCAGAGCCAGCAGUAGCUCCGGGAUGUCUUCCCCAGGAUCGGCCAGUGGCAGCAAGAGGAAUUCCUCGGAGAUGGAGCUGGAGCAUGCUCAGAGGGUCCCAGAGGCAGAGCCUGUGCAACCACAGGUAAAAUUGAAGGAAAGGCAAAAAUACUUGGAGGAGGCUUUUCAGCAGGACAUGGAGCACUACCUGUCCACAGGGUACCUGCAGAUCGCAGAAAGGAGAGGAAGCAUGUCUUCAAUGGAGGUGAAUGUGGACAUGCUGGAGCAAAUGGACCUGAUGGACAUGUCUGACAAUGAGCCAUUGGACGUCUUUCUCAACUCUGGUGGUGAGGACAACAGCGUGUCCUCAACGAUGCUGGGUCCAGACGUGGAGUCGUUCACAUCUGAGAUCACUCUACAGGUACCCACCCAGACAGACCUGAGACACAAGCUCGCCUCUCUGUCUUCAACCUGCACAGACUCAGCCAGCCAGGACACGGAGGCAGGGGAAGAGGAGGAGGAGGAGGAGGAGGAGGAGGAGGAUGAUGAUGAAGAUAAGAGGGGACAAGUGGGCGUCCGCAGCUCUCCGCUUGCCCAGCCUGAUCAAGAAGAGGCAGAGGUGGAUGCCACAUUAGCCGAAAGAGAACAACAAAACCAGCCAAUCAAGAACUGUGAGAGCAGUAGCUCGUCCUGAACAUAAUGAAGAUUGAACAACAGACUGUGAGAGGAGGUGAUGUAAUUAGCGGUGUGCUAUGCACUAGUGUCCAAAGGAAGAGUGUGCAAUUGUGUUUUAUGAAACCCUUUCGGUUUUCGUAAACAAAUUCUUUGUUAUGUUCCGUGCAGUGUAAGCCUGAUCCUGUGCCUGCCCUCAAAAUCAAUAAAUAUCUUCUAUUCUAUUGGACAUUUCCUACAUAUAUAGACACAUCAGUAAUGAUUUUGGGUCUGUUUGCCCUUUGGGUCUGGGCCAUUGUUGUCAGUUGCAGUGGUAUGAAAUACACACCAUUCUCAUUUUUAUGUCUUUCAGUC